AUGUCUGCAGACCAGAUCCGGCCGGCAGGGCACCGGCUGGCGGCCCGCGCUGGGCUGGUGGAGCUCACCCGGUGCGGCUGCCCCGGACCCCUGCAGGCGCAGUCUCACGUGGGCGACAGUCCCACAGCCCGCAGGGAGCAUGCGAGCAGCUCCAGCAUUGCGUCAGAAAUUGACUUGCAUACCAAAUGUGUGGUGGAUGUUGAUGCAAACAAGGUUAUUCUUAAUCCUGUAAAUACUAAUCUUUCCAAAGGAGAUGCCCGGGGCCAGCCAAAGGUGUUUGCUUAUGAUCAUUGUUUCUGGUCUAUGGAUGAGUCUGUCAGAGAAAAGUAUGCAGGUCAGGAUGAUGUUUUCAAGUGCCUUGGGGAAAAUAUCCUUCAGAAUGCUUUUGAUGGCUACAACGCAUGUAUCUUUGCCUAUGGACAGACUGGGUCUGGAAAAUCUUACACCAUGAUGGGCACAGCUGACCAGCCUGGAUUAAUCCCAAGACUUUGCAGUGGACUCUUUGAACGAACCCAGAAAGAGGAAAAUGAAGAGCAGAGUUUUAAAGUUGAAGUGUCCUACAUGGAAAUUUAUAAUGAAAAAGUUCGAGACCUUCUUGAUCCCAAAGGAAGCCGUCAAACGUUGAAAGUCAGAGAGCAUAGUGUGCUGGGACCCUAUGUUGAUGGACUUUCCAAACUGGCUGUCACAAGCUACAAGGACAUUGAGUCUCUGAUGUCCGAGGGGAACAAGUCACGCACAGUCGCUGCCACCAACAUGAAUGAGGAGAGCAGCCGAUCCCACGCGGUCUUCAAAAUCACCCUCACGCACACUCUCUGUGACACGAAGUCUGGGACAUCUGGAGAGAAGGUGGGCAAGCUGAGCCUGGUUGACUUAGCUGGCAGCGAACGCGCCACCAAAACCGGUGCUGCCGGCGACAGGCUGAAGGAAGGAAGCAACAUCAACAAGUCCCUCACAACCCUUGGUCUGGUUAUCUCAGCCCUAGCAGAUCAGGGUGCUGGCAAAAACAAGAAUAAAUUUGUUCCAUAUCGUGACUCAGUUCUCACUUGGCUGCUCAAAGACAGUCUGGGGGGUAACAGCAAGACAGCGAUGGUGGCCACUGUGAGCCCGGCCGCCGAUAACUAUGACGAGACCCUGUCGACGCUGAGGUAUGCGGACCGAGCCAAGCACAUUGUCAACCACGCCGUGGUCAACGAGGACCCCAACGCCCGGAUCAUCCGGGACCUGCGGGAAGAAGUCGAGAAGCUCCGAGAGCAGCUAACCAGAGCGGAGGCAAUGAAAUCUCCAGAACUGAAAGACCGGCUGGAAGAAUCUGAGAAGUUAAUCCAGGAAAUGACUGUGACCUGGGAGGAGAAAUUAAGGAAAACUGAAGAGAUCGCACAGGAGCGACAGAAACAGCUCGAGAGUCUUGGAAUAUCUCUUCAGUCUUCGGGAAUCAAAGUUGGGGAUGAUAAAUGUUUCCUUGUUAAUCUGAAUGCUGAUCCUGCGCUGAAUGAACUACUGGUGUACUAUUUAAAGGAACAUACAUUGAUAGGGUCAGCAAAUUCCCAAGAUAUCCAACUAUGUGGAAUGGGAAUUCUUCCUGAACACUGUAUUAUAGACAUCACAUCAGAAGGCCAGGUCAUGCUGACUCCUCAAAAGAAUACCAGAACAUUUGUAAAUGGGUCUUCUGUCUCCAGUCCAAUACAACUCCACCAUGGGGACAGGAUAUUAUGGGGAAACAACCAUUUCUUCAGACUCAACUUGCCUAAAAAGAAAAAGAAAGCAGAACAAGAAGAUGAGGGACAAGACCCCUCCAUAAAGAACGACAGCAGUUCUGAGCAGCUGGAUGUGGACGGAGACUCCUCCAGUGAGGUGUCCAGUGAAGUCAACUUCAAUUACGAGUACGCGCAGAUGGAGGUGACCAUGAAGGCCCUGGGCAGUAACGAUCCUAUGCAGUCGAUACUGAACAGCCUGGAACAGCAGCACGAAGAAGAAAAGCGGUCUGCCCUGGAGCGCCAGAGGCUCAUGUACGAGCACGAGCUGGAGCAGCUCCGGAGACGGCUGUCCCCCGAGAAGCAGAGCUGUCGCAGCAGCUCGGACAGGUUUUCCCUGCACUCGCCCAGCGCACAGCAGCGCCUGAGGCAGUGGGCGGAGGAGAGAGAAGCAACAUUGAGUAACAGUCUCCUGAGGCUGAGGGAACAAAUUGUCAAGGCCAAUCUGUUGGUGAGGGAGGCUAGCUACAUCUCAGAGGAGCUGGACAAGAGGACAGAGUACAGAGUCACCCUCCAGAUCCCUGCCUCCAGCCUGGAUGCCAACAGGAAGCGAGGCUCUCUCCUUAGUGAACCUGCGAUCCAGGUGAGGAGAAAAGGAAAGGGAAAGCAGAUUUGGUCUUUGGAAAAGCUGGACAACAGGUUGUUGGAUAUGAGAGACCUUUACCAGGAGUGGAAGGAGUGUGAAGAAGAUAGCCCGGUAAUACGAUCUUACUUCAAGCGUGCGGAUCCAUUCUAUGAUGAGCAGGAAAACCACAGUCUCAUUGGGGUGGCCAAUGUCUUCCUUGAGUCCCUUUUCUAUGACGUGAAGUUACAAUAUGCUGUCCCGAUCGUCAACCAGAAAGGAGAGGUGGCAGGUCGGCUGCAUGUGGAGGUGAUGCGGAUCAGUGGCGAAAUUGGGGACAGGAUUGCAGGAGGCGAUGACGCGGCCGACAUCUCCUUUGAGAAGGAGGCCUUGGAGUCCAGGCUGGUCUGCAUGGUUAAAAUACUCCAGGCCACUGGGUUGCCACAGCAUCUGUGCCAUUUUGUAUUCUGCAAAUACAGCUUCUGGGAUCAGCAGGAGCCUGUGAUCGUUGCACCUGAGGUGGACACGUCCUCCUCUCCCGUCAGCAAGGAGCCCCAGUGCAUGGUGGUCUUCGAUCACUGCAGUGAGUUUUCUGUUAACAUUACUGAAGACUUUAUUGAGCAUCUUUCAGAAGGGGCAUUGGCCAUUGAAGUAUAUGGACAUAAAAUGAACGAUCCUCGGAAAAACCCAGCUCUGUGGGAUUUGGGAAUCAUCCAAGCAAAAACACGUAGUCUUCGGGACAGGUGGAGUGAAGUCACCAGGAAACUGGAGUUCUGGGUUCAAAUCUUGGAACAGAAUGAGAAUGGCGAAUACUGUCCUGUCGAAGUGAUUUCUGCCAAGGACGUCCCAACAGGAGGCAUCUUCCAGCUCCGACAGGGGCAAUCACGGCGAGUUCGAGUUGAAGUGAAGUCUGUGCAGGAAUCUGGGACUUUACCACUGAUGGAAGAAUGUAUAUUGUCUGUUGGCAUCGGAUGUGUAAAAGUUAGACCACUCAGAUCUCCCAAAACUCAGGAGACCUUCCAUGAGGAAGAAGAGGACAUGGACAGUUACCAGGACCGGGAUUUGGAGAGACUGCGCAGAAAAUGGCUGAAUGCACUAACAAAACGCCAGGAGUACUUGGAUCAGCAGCUGCAGAAGCUCGUCAGUAAGCAUGAUAAAACAGAGGAUGAUGCUGACCGCGAAGCACAGCUUCUGGAGAUGCGGCUGACCCUGACUGAGGAGAGGAAUGCGGUGAUGGUCCCCUCGGCUGGCAGUGGCAUUCCGGGGGCCCCAGCAGAGUGGACCCCAGUGCCUGGGAUGGAAACCCACAUUCCUGUUAUAUUCCUUGACUUAAAUGCCGAUGAUUUCAGCUCUCAGGAUAAUCUUGAUGACCCGGAGGCGGGCGGAUGGGACGCCACCCUGACCGGGGAGGAGGAGGAGGAGUUCUUUGAGCUGCAGAUCGUGAAGCAGCACGAUGGAGAGGCCAAGGCGGAAGCCUCCUGGGACUCGGCCGUGCACAGCUGCCCACAGCUCAGCAGAGGCUCGCCCGCCGACGAGCGCGUAUUCCUCAUCGUGCGUGUCACCGUCCAGCUCAGCCACCCGGCCGACAUGCAGCUGGUAUUGCGCAAGAGAAUCUGCAUCCACGUUCACGGCCGGCAGGGUUUUGCUCAGAGUCUCCUAAAAAAGAUGUCUCAUCGAAGUUCUAUUCCUGGCUGUGGAGUGACUUUUGAAAUUGUCUCCAAUAUUCCAGAGGAUGCCCAGGGGGUAGAGGAGCGAGAGGCGUUAGCGAGAGUGGCAGCCAAUGUGGAAAACCCGGCGUCGGCCGACUCCGAGGCACACCUGGAGAAGUACCUGCGCAGCGUGCUGGCCGUGGAGAACCUGCUGACGUUAGACCGCCUCCGCCAGGAAGUCGCGGUGAAGGAGCAGCUGACAGGCAGAGGGAAGCUGCACAGGAGGAGCGUCAGCUCUCCCAACGUGCACAGGUUGUCUGGAAGCCGACAAGAUCUCAUUCCAUCGAGCAGUCUAGGCAGCAACAAGGGCCGGUGGGAGAGCCAACAGGAUGUAUCCCAAACCACAGUGUCCAGAGGAAUAGCUUCAGUCCCCCCAGCCCUCUCUGUUUGUCCCCAAAACAACUAUUCUCCGGAUCCAGGACUUAGUAGCUUAGCAACCUCCUACUUGAAUCCUGUAAAAUCCUUCGUGCCGCAGAUGCCAAAGCUCCUGAAAUCUCUCUUUCCUGUCCGCGAUGAGAAAAGGGGCAAACAGCCGUCCCCCCUUGCGCAUCAGCCCGUGCCCAAGAUCAUAGUGCAGUCUGCCUUCCUGGAUGCCUUGAUGACCAGGAUGCAAGAGGCCCAGCGAGAGGGCGUGGGCCCCGGCCCUGCUAUGCUGGUGCGCCCGAUGGCCCCCACCAUCAAGAUCUGCGACCCCCCAGCCAAGGCGCCUUCCCCACCGCCCAUCGUCGCUGUCACCCCAGCCUCGGAAGGGCAGGACGGGCCCCCUAGCCCGCUGAGUGAAGCCUCCAGUGGGUACUUUUCCCACAGUGUCUCCACUGCGACCCUGUCUGAUGCGUUGGUCCCCAGCCUGGAUGCCAUGGCCCCGGCUGGCAGCCAGAAUCCUGGCUCACCCCCUGCACCCCUCUGCCAGGCUGCCCUGGAGGCUGAGUCCCUGUUUCCACCUGUGGCUUCCUGUGCCCAGCUGCAGGGUCCCAGCAGCCACCUGUCACCACCAGUUCCCACAGAGCCAGCUGCUCAGCCUCCCAUGCCUGCCCCCCAGCUGGAGGCCCCCAUCCAGCAUCCCAGGGGUGAAGCUCUCCUGGCACCUGCUCCCACCUCCCCGUUCAGGAUCCGCAAGGUGCGGACGUCAGAGCUGAAGUCAUUCACCCGCAUGCUGGGCGGGGGCUCUGGCUGCUCCCCUGGUGCCCAGGGUGAGCCACUGGCCUCAGGAGGGCUGGAUGACGGUGGCAAUGGGGGACAGGUCCAGGGCAAGCCAGAGGGUGCCUCCGAUCCCGAGGAAGCUGGCGACAUCCCAGAAUGGCUCAAAGAGGGAGAGUAUGUGGCCGUGGGCACCAACAAGACGGGCACCGUGAGGUACAUCGGGCCGAUCGACUUCCAGGAGGGCACGUGGAUCGGCGUGGAACUUGACUUACCCGCAGGCAAGCACGAUGGCUCGAUCGGAGGCAAGCAGUACUUCAAGUGCAGCCCUGGCCAUGGGCUGCUGGUGAGGCCCGACCGCGUCCGCAGGGCCCCCGGGCGGCGGCGCAGCACAGGGCUGCGACCUGAGGCCCGCCGCAGCGCCACCCUCUCGGGCUCUGCCACCAACCUGGCCUCACUGACGGCCGCCCUGGCCAAAGCUGACAGGAGCCACAAGAACCCCGAGAACCGGAAAUCCUGGGCCAGCUGAGCCGCCAGCCAGUGACCACCUAGAGGAGCUGGGCCCCUGCAGCCCCUGCAGGACAGCCUGGGCAGCUGGGAACAAGGCCUUUGCAUGACACCGGGCUGGUGACCUCCCCGGAGGAGGAGGGGGAGGUGGCAGCAGCUGAGCCUGUGGGCACGGGAAGCUCCAGGAGCUGUAGGGAAUGUUCGUUGCUGGUGCCUUUUCCUCUGUUCUGGGCCCCCCUUCAUGUCUGAAUCUAAACAGCGAUCCUCACUGUGCCUUUCCUCGCCCCCGCAGGGCUCCCCUCGGCCUGGAGGCCCAGUGCCCCCUGCCCUCGCCCCUCGGGCUGCCUCCUGG